CAGCAGCAGCAGCAGCAUCAGCACGGACCCGCACCCGGACCCCGGCCGCGGCGCUCUCCUCCAACCCCCCUCAGCCAUGAAACAGACCAUACUGGACCUGAUGAGGAUGGGUCGCAUCUGCCGGAUGGCGCUGGCCACUUGUUUGGGAUCCUGCAUUCUGGUCAUCUUUUAUUUCCAAAGUAUGUUUCAGCCAGUUAUAAGGCAGAACCCGUUUGCAGCGGAGGGCUGCUGUCGAAAAGGCUCAAGAAACGCUCUACAGGAGCUCUACAAUCCCACACAGGCGGAGUACUCGAGAGCAGCGCUCCUCCAUCAGGCUCGCCGGGACCAGGUGGCGGAGACGUGUCGGGCUCAGAGCGCCUUCAGCCGAAAGCGGCGCGUGCUAACACCCAGCGACCUGAAGCACCUGGUGGUGGACGAGGAGCACGAGCUGAUCUACUGCUACGUACCCAAGGUGGCCUGCACCAACUGGAAGCGAGUGAUGAUGGUGCUGAGUGGGCGCGGCAAGUACACAGACCCCAUGGAGAUCCCAUCCAACGAGGCGCACGUUCCGUCCAACCUCCGGACGCUCAACCAGUACAGCAUCGCCGACAUCAACCACCGGCUGAAGAGCUACCUCAAGUUCAUGUUCGUGCGCGAGCCCUUCGAGCGGCUGGUGUCCGCCUACCGCAACAAGUUCACGCUGCGCUACAACACGUCCUUUCACAAGCGCUACGGCACCAAGAUCGUGCGGCGCUACCGCAAGAACGCCACGGCCGAGGCGCUGCAGACCGGCGCCGACGUCAAGUUCCCAGAGUUCACCGAGUACCUGGUGGACCCGGCGACGAGGCGCGAGGCGCCGCUCAACGAGCACUGGCAGACCGUCUACUCGCUGUGCCACCCGUGCCACAUCCACUACGACCUGGUGGGCAAGUACGAGACACUGGAGGAAGACGCCAACUACGUCCUGCGACUGGCUGGAGCGGGCGACCAGCUGCACUUCCCGUCCUACGCCAAGUCCACUCGCACCACCGACCAGAUGACGGCCGCCUUCUUCCACAACAUCAGCGCCCGGCAGCAGAGCCAGCUCUACGAACUCUACAAGCUGGACUUCCUCAUGUUCAACUACACCACCCCCAGCUACCUGAAACUGCAGUAGUAAAGCACACGCGUGGAACUCUUUUUUUUUACGCAUAAAUAUAUAUAUAUAUACAUAUAUAUAUGCGUGUGUGUGUGCGUGAGAGACCAGAAGAUCCUAUAGGUGGAGGGCAGGGAACAGGGUGUAAAGGUGGCUGCUGGUAAAACACUUGAUCGGCUGGUGUCGCCAGGGACAGACCAAAAACCUUCUACGUUCUUUUUGAAGACUGUAUUAUUAUUAUUAAUAAUGUCCACGUUGUGUGGAAUCUGCUGUGUUGUGAUUGGACCUCCUUUACUGAGGGAAAUUUGAUUCGAUUUGAUUCGAUUCGAUUGGAUGGGAUUGGACAUGAGGGAGAUGAUGUGUACUGUAUUUCGCUCAUGAUGUCAUGUUUGAAGAGUCCAGUGUUCAGGCGUACUCAGUAAACCUCAGUACGUCUGUCUCUACUUACAUUAUUGUCCAUUGAAUUGUAAGAUAAAGAUCACAUUACUGUUUAUACGCUCAGCCGCCAAUAAGCAAUAUGACAGAACCCGAGCCACCGGCUCGUUUACAUUUACUGCAAUGUAAUCGGCAGCGAUCUUCUCACCCAACGACCUUCAUUUUCAGCUCCUCAUGUGUGGGAAAGCUCUCUUCUCGAGACUUGAAAGACAAACGAGACAUAAAGAGACCUCAGUUCUCGUCCAUCCUCUCGGUAUAUAGUACAGGACAGAGAUCAGUGGCUGUAAUCUUCCACACAUGUCCGUGAUGUUUGUGAUAACCCCCUAACUCUUCUGCAGCCAUCCUUUGUUGAAAGGCCAGCGUCUGUUUGAGCGUAUGAGCGUACGAGGGUACGAGGGUAUGUAUAACUCUACAGGCCGGGCCUACAGAGCGUGCACACAGGAGGAUGUUUUUGAGAAUGGCUUUGUUAGUGGUGCCUUUAUGUAUUAGGCGGACAGUGACUAAACAGACGGACAGACAGACGUGGACAGACGGAGACAGACGGUCGCUCUUUUCCUCCUAAUUUAAGUCAGAGACAGAGGAAACACAAAGGUCAACGUUCAAGCAGAGGAACCUUUUGACCUUUUGACCUUUUACUGAUCCUGAAGCACUCGAUGCUCCUACAGACUCCCAGCCAUCUUUCAGAGAAAAAAAAAAUCAAGGGAUUUCUUUUUUGUUCGUUCGUUUGUUUGACUGUUUCUUCUUCUUCUUUUUUUUCUCUGUGUUUGUUUUUACUGUCUUAUGAAAAGUAGCUGCGAGCAGCUGAACAGAAGAUUAUUUAAAUGACUUUGUGAAGAAGAAAUGAGGAACGUUUAAUAUUUUUUUCCAGGGAAAAAAAAAGAGAGGCGUAGCGGUAGAUUUGUAAAUGGAUUUAUUAUGAUUUUCAUUGCUUUUUUUUUUUUUGUCCCUGCUUUCUCGCGCGGUACAUUACUGCCAGGCUCUUAUGUGGCUUUCAGUUGUCGGGGGCGUGCAGAAGUGGGCAAGGCUCUCUCUGAGGUUUCUGAGAUGUUCUCAUGGGAAAGGUUCACUCACUAAAAGGGGGAAAAAAGAAGGGGAAAGAGAAAAAAAGAGAGAGAGAAUCUGUUUCAUCCAUUAGAUGAUGGCUUCAUUGUACGGCCUCUUUUCCAAUUGAAGCACUUCAAAGGAAUGGAUGCUUUCAUUUGCAGAAUUGUCUUUUUUUUCCUCCAGUCUUUGUUUGCUUUGACUGUGAAUUAGAGGAGACUGAAAAUGAUGAAAUUGCUUAUUUAUAUACGUUUCGUGCCACAGGCGGGUGUGUCCGACGUCUGGGUCUCACCGCCUGUACAAAAAAUUCUACACUGGUAAAGGUGACUCAGUCUAGCUCUACCUCUCUCUCUCUCUCUCUCUCUCUCUCUGUCUGUGCUGUUCUAGACAGCUGGGGAGGAGUGGUGCGUCUGAAAAAGUGAAUGUGUUGAAAUGCCAGAUCACAGCUCCUGUAGAGCAGGGUCUUUACAGGACACCCCUAAUGAUAUAGUGCGAGAUCCACAUCUUGUUAUCCUCUCUCUCUCUUUCUCUCUUUUUAUCUUUAUCUACACUUUUAAUUUUCCAAAUUUGAUUAAAGCAAUAAUAAUAAAAAAAGCUCCCAUCAUGUUGGUUUUCAUCAACAUCCUAAACGAAAGCUACUAAAACCUGUAGGGCUUUAACCCAGCUUAAAGCAGCAUUAUAUGAGAAUAGCUUUUUUUUACUCCCUCUACAGGUGGGAAGUAUAAUUUUUUUUUUUUUGUGAAAAAAUGUAAAAAGAACAUGUGGAGUGAUAAGGUAAAAUAAUAUUACAGGACACUAAUGUAUGUAUUAAAUAAAUAUAAAUAGGGUUACACAGUGUUAUUCACACAGUUCUACCAGGAGACUCCAGAGGCAAACAUAUGAAAGAAGAAAAAAAGGGCUUUUAAUUUGGACAAAAUAUAAAUUAUUUGAAAUGUUUGAUUGGAAAUGAAGUCUCUGAAGUAAAAGUCAGCCACCUGGUGGUUUUGUAACUGCCUGAUAUUGUACAUGUAAAUCUUGAGGAUUUCUAUUCAAGCAUUGCAUAAAAAACUUACAUGUUUGAUAAGAAAUUCUGGUUGUAAUUUUAAUAGAAUUAUUUUUUUUUAAUAAGAAAACCUGCAACUUUAAAAAUAUAAUGAAUAAUAAUCAUAAAAUUGGCUCUUUCCUGAACUUCAUUUUAAAAUCAGUAUGUUCCUGAAUACAAAUCAAACAGUUCCUGUACUCCAAAUCUUGAGUUUCGUUAUGUUUGUCUAAUUUUUCGUCUAUUUUCAAACACGCAGAAUUAGAGGUUGAUUCCUGUUACUGAUCUGGAAUCAUAAAAAGGAGUAGAGAGAGAACAGGCGGCUUCUCUAAGUCUCCUGUAAGAAAUUUCAAAUCCCUCAAAGGUUUCAGAAUGUGAAUAACCUAUUUUACUGCAGAAAAAAAACAUAUUUUUUUAAGGGUUUGUAUCACCUAUACCUGUAGCCUGUAUACGUUCCAAGGCCUGUAAAAGGGUUAAAGGUUUUUUUAACGACAGGUGGAAGCUGGUGAUUGUGAUUGGUCAAGGGAAGAUGAUGUAAAGCAAGUCUCCUGGUAGAACUUAGUUUCUUAGAUCCUUUGUUCGAAUCCCAUUCAUGCAGUUUGCCAUCAGCUGCCAGAGCCCUGAGAGAGCACAAUUGGCCUGGCUCUCUCUGGGUGGGUACAGUACAGUAGAUGGUGCUUUUUCCCCACUCAUUACUCCAAAGGGUGAUGUGGAUCAGAACAAGGCUGCAUCUGUGAGCUGAUGUAUUGGAACCGAGUCGCUGCGCUUUCCUCAGAGUGUGCUGUGAUGAUACAGCAGCUGACUUCACAUAUCACGUAUCAGAGGAAGCAUCACUAGUGAUAGGGGGAGUCCUAAUGAGUGGGUUGGGUAAUUGGCUAUAUAAAUUGAGAAGAAAAUGGGAUAAAAAUAAAUGAAGUUUUUAAAAAGUUAUAUAAUGCUGCUUUAGGUAAAGAAACUCUAAGAGUGAGGAAACCCUUCCCAUAGAAAUUCAGAGUCUGCCCAUUUCGUUUUAUUCGUUUGUAUUUUUUUGUGUACUCACUGACAGCUUACUCCAGAUUCAAUAACACAAACACACACACACACACAAGCAAACACACACACACAUGCGGAGUAUUGUUCAGCCACAUGUACUGUAGGCACACGGGCAACAUAUUAGUCGCAGUGCCUUUCAGCCUCUCAUUAACACUCUCCUCAUCUCACUCAGUCUCACACACACACAUACACAUAUUCAAACACACUCACACACACACACACACAUUCAACAGCUCAUGCUCACACACACACACAGGAGUGCCUUCAUGUAAACUCACACCGCACACAUAUACCUGCAUCCCUGGGGCUUCAGGCCCACACACAGUUUAACAGACAAAAUCCACUGAUCUGCAGUCAGUUCUUAUAUCAUUACUGUAACUAUAUGAACACUGCAGGACUGACUGUAGGUCAGAUUCUAAUUAGACAACUUGCUAGAUCUGUAAUAUAUGACUGAUUACCUCAGACUGCAAUUUAUCACAGAUGUAUUUAUUAGGACUAAUGCGCUGCCACUAUGAUUGGGAGAUCGCUGGUUCGAAUCCUGAUUAUGCAGCUUGCCAUCAGCUGCCAGAGCUCUAAGAGAGCACAAUUGGCCUUGCUCUCUCUGUGUGGGUAGAUAAGCUCUUUUGAUGAGCUCUUCCCCCUCAUCACUCCAAAGGGUGAUGUUGAUCAGCACAAGGCUGCAUCUGUGAGCUGAUGUAUCAGCACCGAGUCGCUGCGCUUUCCUCCGAGUGUGCUGUGAUGCUACUCGGUAAUAAUGCAUCAGCAGCAGCUGGAAAAGAGGCUGAGUCUGACUACACAUGUGACAUCGUGCCAUGUACCCUGCUUAUUAAAGUAUGCAUCUAAGAGUAUUAAGAGUUAAUGGGUUUUUUUAAACAUAGGAAAACACAUUAAUGUUACAGUCUGUGGUAAUCAGUUAUAAAAUCUCCAGAUCAGUCAGUUAACAGGACACACACUCUCACACACACACACACACACACACACUCAUACACACACUGCAUCUGCUUUCCUUUUCUCGGGGCUCUCUGUGGCUCUCCAGUACGUGCCUGUCAUAUUGUGUGGAUGUAAUGCUGACGUGCUUUUGUACGCCCUUCAGCAUCAUCAUACUAAAGCAGCCAGGUGUGUGUCUCUGUGUCGUUAUGCGUAAGUGUGUGUAUGUAUGUGUGUGUGUAUAUAUGUGUGUGUACGAGUGUGUGUGAGUGUGUGAGCAUGUGCACGCUGGCCGCUCUGCCUCUGUCAGAGGCUCAUACAGAGCUCUGUUGUCCAACAUUCACACACAGCCGCUGUCUUAUUUAUUUAUUUAUUCUUUCAGUGAGUGAGUGUGUGUGUGUGUGUGUGAGAAAGUGUGUGUGUGUGUGUGUGUGUGUUCUUUGUGCUUCUUCUGGUUCUUUUUUCUCGGGACGGACUCUGCCGGCUCAUCAGGUCCGAACUCUCUCACCAAAAAAAAAAAAAGGAGGGAAACAAAUGCAAAUGUAUGGGAUCUGUCGGAUCAGUGUGCUCAGAGAGAAUGUGCUCUACAGAUCAUACUCUCUCUCUUUUUCUCUCUCUCUCUCUCUCUCUCUCUGCUGUUUUCUCAAUAAAUCUGAAAAAUAUGAA